CAGCAAAAAAGAAAGGAGGGAAAAAGAAUGUUCAGAAAGAAGAAGAUCCCUCGCAGAGUUCUAUGUCUGUUGAGGAGCCAACUUCUCCUGAUGUGCCAGAAGUAGAAGUAGAGGACGACUCUAAUUUGUCGGCGGCAGCUCGCAAGAAAAAAGAGAAAAAAGAAAAGAAGGAAAAGUCACUGCAAGCUUUGCAAGCUCUGCAAGCAACGAGAAAACCUUCUUCACAUUCAGAAUCAACUGCAAAAGAUGAAGAAGGUCCGACUUCUAACGAGCAGGCUACUAAACCUGAGCCAGAGUCUCCAGCAGAAGCACCAUCUCAAACUCAAUCGGAGGCUGCAGCUAUGCCAUCACAAGAGAAAUCUCCACCACCUGAGGUAACCAAAGAACCACCGAAGCCUGUUGAAGAAGAAGAAUUUGGCUUAGGUUUGGGCUUAUCAGGCGCUAGGAAGAAGAAGCCUAAAAAGAAAAAAGCUGAACCAGUUCAACCAGUUGAAGCCCAGCAAGCGCCAGCUGCACAGCCAGUUCCACAGCCAGAAGAGGCUCCUAACGUUGCACCUGCAACGUCACCGGCAGCAGCUCCAGCUCCAGUCCUGGUGCAGAUGCCAAAACCUGCGCAAGCUGCUCCUCCUGGACCAUGGAGCAAGAGUGGAUCUGGAAGAGGUCGUGGAUGGACUCCCGUUCCUUUAGGCACCAUGCCAGCGCCACAAAUUCCACCUCCUGCGAAUCUGAUACCGCAACCGACGCCAACUACUCCAGUUCCUACUGGACGUGGUCCAAAAUCCCUGGAACCUACCUUGUGCCACUACACGAUACCGCAUAAAAUUCCCGGUAACCGUGUUCGAGCUGCCCAUAUAAGAGUAAUGGUCAACUAUUUGGAAAUGGAAUUUAAAGCUCUUAAAAUUUAUCGCUAUGACGUUAGUGUAACUCCUGACAAACCAAAGAAGAUGUUGCCUGAUGUGUUUUUAAAAGUGAAAAAUAAGUUUUUCGCUAAUGAACUGAUAGCGUUUGAUCAGAUGAAAAACUGUUAUUCAUUGAAUCCUCUUAAGAAUAUUACAUCGACGGAGCGGUUCCAUGCCACUGUCGAGUUACUAGAUCAGAAUGGAAGAUCAAUAAAUUUUGACGUUUCACUGAAAGCUACUGGUGUCGUCGAUUUGGAAAAUAUUAAAAAUUACAUGAAAACUCGUGCUUCGUCUCUAUGCCAUCCUACUGAGGAGAUCCAAUGUAUUGAUGUUAUCUUACGCCAAGGAGCGUUGGAGUCAUACGUUAAGGCUGGCCGUCAAUUUUUCAAACGCCCAUCUCGUCCCGUAGAUUUAGGCUAUGGUUAUGAAAUGUGGACGGGAUUGUUCCAGUCCGCGAUAUUUACCAAUAAAUCUUUUAUCAACAUAGAUGUUGCGCAUAAAGGCUUCCCGAGGUACCAGAGCGUGCUUGAUGCUAUGAUCAAAGAUUUCAACUUGGACCCUACUAAGCCCCUUGAAAACCAACGUGGUUAUGACUAUUUCGUUCUUUUCGUCAAAGGAUUGAAGGUGGUUGCGACGUUGGUCGGUAACACGCCGUCAGCUGGUCAUCGUCGGGAGUUCAUCUGUAACGGCCUGGUGGGUCCACCCAAUGAGCUUGUCUUCACUAUUACGGAAUCGGACGGACGCACACGAAAGACAUCCGUCGCGGAAUAUUUCGCGAAAGACAAAAAUUAUAGACUGCGGUAUCCAAGAUUAAAUUGCCUGUGGGUCGGUAACAAGGACAGAUGCAUUUACUUCCCCAUAGAACUCUUACAUGUCGCUGAGGGUCAGGCAUUAACAAGGCAGUUGAAUGACCAACAAAUAUCAAAAAUGGUUAAGGAAGCAGCUACACCUCCUGAUGAGCGUUUGAAGAAAAUCAAAGAAGUGAUUUCUAAUAUGAAGUACUCGCAAAACAGAGAUUUCAAACGAUUCGGAUUGGAGAUUUCGGAGAAGUUUUACACUGUUAAAGCUAAAGUACUGGAGCCUCCUGUUUUGGAGAUUGGAAACGGAAAAGUCACUCCUAGGAAAGGUCAAUGGCAAGCUAACCGUCUCUUGAAGCCUGAAGCACUUACAUCGUGGGCUCUCAUCGCAGUCGACACUGAUCCAAGGAAUGAUUAUGGACAAAUGAUCGAUUUGAUUGUUAGUACUGGAGGACAGAUGGGAAUGGCAGUAAACAAGCCUAAGUUUGUCAACGUUAAUGCUAAGAUGAAGAUGUUGCAUAGUAUUCUGAUGAAUGCAUACCGUGAUGUGCGCUUUGUCUUCAUUGUGGUGUCGUCUAGAGGCCGCGAUGACUAUCAUAAGGUGAAGCAAUUGGCGGAGCGUGAAGUAGGCAUUUUGACCCAAUGCAUCAAAGAGAUGACGGCGCGUCGUAUGAAUCAGAUGACAGCUAAAAACUUACUGCUGAAGGUGAAUUCCAAACUGAUGGGUAUUAACCAAGCUAUCGACUCGCUGGCGAUGCCGAAAUGUUUAAAGGACGCUCCAGUCAUGAUCGUAGGUGCUGACGUCACUCAUCCCUCACCAGAUCAGUCGAAUGUACCUAGUAUCGCUGCGGUGACUGCCUCUUUAGAUCCGAAAUGCUAUAUCUAUAAUAUCGAAUUAAGCAUACAAACUCCAAAGAAAGAGAUGAUCGUGGAGUUUGAAGACAUGAUGUUCGAUCAUCUGAAGAUAUACAAGGAGCGCAAUCAAGGCAGAUUGCCAAAGAAGAUAUUUGUAUUCCGUGACGGUGUAUCUGAAGGACAGUUUAAACAGGUAAUGAACAGUGAACUUGCAGCGGUCCAUAAUGCUUAUCAGCGCAUGGCAGGUAUGCAAAACAAGCCUGAAGUAUUAUUCCUGUUGGUGCAGAAACGACAUCAUACGAGACUGUUCAAUGACGGACCUAACGUACAAUAUAACGUGGAACCAGGCACAGUCGUCGACACUGAUAUUGUGCACGCGUCUGAAUUGGACUUUUAUUUAGUGUCUCACCAAGCUAUAAAAGGCACGGCUCGUCCGACUCGCUACCACACAGUCUGCAACGACGGCAAGAUCCCUGACGAUGAAGUGGAACAACUGACUUACUACCUGUGCCACUUGUAUUCUCGGUGUAUGCGAUCCGUAUCGUAUCCUACACCGACCUACUACGCCCAUCUUGCCUGCCUACGAGCCCGAUCUCUUACUCAUGGCGAAAAAUUCGAUAAUCGAGAAUUGGAACGUAAACCAAAGCGGCUUCAUGUUCUCGACAAGAUGCUGCAAUUCAGCCGCAUGUUCUUCGUUUAA